GUUUGUUUGAAAAUCAAACGGCAACUGAAGUUUGUUGGUUUGCUUGGAAAUCCGUUUGCUGCAAUGCAUGUACGAUUGUAAAUAAUAUUCGGAUAUUAAGUAUAAGCGGGCACACGUCGUGUCUGAAGCCAGAAGAUUAUCAAGAACGACAAAAGUAAAUUAGAUUUAUUUUAUUUUUGUCGGAAAAUUGUCUAAUAAAUAAUGGCUACGAUUCGAGUGCACGAGGAUCAAGAAAACCGCAUUGCCGAUAUCUUUCGUGGUAAAGAAAAUAUCGUUGUGCCCGCUCAAAAUCAAGUCCUGCAACAAACAAAACGCGCGGUUUUGGGUGUUUUGCAUAAUAACUGCCAUCGAAUUGUUAAAACAGAUAUCUGCAAAGAUGAAAAGCAUCCAAAAGCAAAAUCUAUUGUGACAGUGCCAUUUGAACCAUUCAAAAUUUAUGAAGACAAAAAGGAUGAACCUGCCUUUAAAGUUUAUGAAGAUAAAUUGGAAGAAGAAACUUCUGUUGUACUUAGGGAUUCGAAAGAGGAGAGAGAAAUAGUAACAAAACAAGAAGUGACUGUUCAAUCGGAACAAAAAAAGCCGAGGUUAGACAUAAAUUCGUUAUCUAUCAACGAUCUGCCAAUAUUUUGCAACAAUCUUCAAGAAAUAAUAAAAAGCAAGCAAGAUGAUGCUUUGCCGCAAGGUAGCCCAAUGUCAUUGGAUAAAUCUCUUUUGUUCCCGAAUUCUUCGAAUAAAGAUAAUAGAACAAAUAAGGAAUCAUCCAGAGAACUUAGAAUUAAUUUCUUUGACGUAGAAGAAUAUAGGGCAGAUAUAUAUAGUUAUUUACGUGUUGCAGAGAGACAACAUAGACCAAAACCUGGUUACAUGAAAAAGCAGCCAGAUAUAACAUAUUUAAUGAGGUUGAUAUUAGUAGACUGGCUUGUUGAAGUAGCAGAAGAAUAUCGAUUACAAACAGAAACAUUGUAUUUGGCUGUUUCUUAUAUAGAUAGAUUCUUAUCAUAUAUGAGUGUCGUACGGGCAAAGUUGCAGCUCGUUGGUACUGCUGCUAUGUUUAUAGCUGCAAAAUACGAAGAAAUUUAUCCACCAGAUGUUGGUGAGUUUGUAUAUAUUACGGAUGAUACAUAUACCAAGAAACAGGUAUUGCGAAUGGAACAUUUGAUUUUAAGGGUAUUGUCUUUUGAUCUUACUGUACCGACACCUUUGGCAUUUCUUAAAGAUUAUUGCAUUAGUAAUAAUCUGUCAGAAAAGAUCAAAUUUUUAGCAAUGUACUUGUGUGAAUUAUCUUUACUCGAAGCUGAUCCAUAUCUGCAAUAUUUACCAAGUCAUUUAGCUGCAUCUGCAGUCGCACUUGCACGGCAUACAUUGCAAGAAGAAACAUGGCCACAUGAAUUGGAAUUAUCAACAGGUUAUAGCUUACAUGAGCUUAAAGAUUGUGUUUCUCACCUGAAUAAAACAUUUCAUAAUGCAUCCAAUAUUCAGCAACAAGCAAUACAAGAAAAAUAUAAAAGCAGCAAAUAUGGACAUGUAGCUCUUUUACUGCCACGUAGUUCUGAAGCUUUGGUGUAUGAAGAUGAAGAAAGUGCAUAGAGAAAUCUGUUAAAACAGUUUCACUGAAUAAUACUAUAAACUUAUACAUAAUUAACGAACCUCCCGUAAUAAAGUCCACGUUCUGAAAAAGUUACAAGGAGGGAAUAGGGCAAGACUGAUUAACUAUUCCACAAAUGGAAAUAUCGAUUGCUAGCAUUAUUUAAUAUGUUCGAUUCGCGUACUCUUUCUCUCUUUUUCUUUCUCUCUGUUCUCUCCUCUCUCUUUUCUCUCUCUCUCUUUCUCUUUUUCUCUUUCUCUUUCUCCCUCUCUCUCUCUCUCUCUCUCUCUCUCUCUCUCUCUCUCUCUCUUUCUCUCUCUCUCUCUCUCUGCCUAAGCGAACAUAUUAACUUUACAUAUUCCAUAUUACGCCACUAUGAAUAAUUGUUAACAAUUGUGGCCAAACUUUAAUGACUGUUUUCCGAGCUUCAUCAUUAUAUUAACGAGGAAGCUCCGCAUUACGUUAUCUAGAAAUGGUAUUUUUAUAAGUGUUUUUUUUAGAUAAUUCUUAACCAAACGCACUUGCUAUUCAAAAUACGCAUGUCCAAAAUUUUAUUGCCAGUGAACUGUAAUAAGAAUAAGAAUUGUAAGAGUAAUAACUGUAUUUAUUAAAUGAACAUUAUAUUAUUUGAUACAUAUUGUUGCAGUUGCAACAUGUCAUUUAAAUAUCUGUAAAAUUUAUUGCAACGCUAACAAAUUUUCUAUACUGUACAGUUAUUUAUUUACAAUGCUAUAAGUACUUUAACUCAGAAUUUAUAUAAUUUGCAUGAUUAAAUUUUGACAAAAGGACGACUUCCGCAUUUAGCUAUGGAUUUUUUCGUUCAGGUACUUUGUAGGUCAUGUCUGUACAAAGAAAAUCUUUUAAUUGCAUGAUGUAAUAUAUUACAUAUUACACACUUCAAAUAUUAAUUAAAUUAUAACAGGAUGAUGACAGAAUACUUUAUGAAAGUAUGACAUCAAAAUGUUUAUUGAAAUUAAUGAUAUUUUGGACCAAAAAUAUGGUAAUUUUACAAUGUUAUAUUAUAUACAACAUGAUCUAUGUAAACGUGUACUCGACAUCUAAAACUGCCCAAGUAUUCCCUUCAAUGUGUAUGUACAAACGGAAAUCUGUGCUGUUAUAAAUUUGCAAGUAAAAACGUCAAAUGAUUUUAUAUUAUCAUAAUAAUACAUUAAAUUUUCUGUAUGUAAAAAUGAAUCUCUUUCUACUCUAUGCUAUUUUAAAUAUCAUUAAUAUUUGCACAAGUAAGAAACAGAAUGAUUUAUGCAGUAAUGUUAUUGUACUUAAAAAAAAAAAAAAAAAAGAAAAAAAAGAAAAAAAAAUGACAAUGUUUUCACGAUAUAUAUACAUAUGAACAUCGAAGUAAAAUAUUUUUAUUAUGUAAUUAAAAUGCAAAAAUCAUGCUUAUAUUUGGUCCAAUAUGCAUAACUGCAUAUUCACAUAACAUUACGCAAGAUGUCUACGUAGGUUAUUUUCUGUAUUUUAUAUAUGAGACGCACAUUUACUUAUGCAACUGUUUGAAUUAAUUUUAACAGAAUAUGAGUUAUAUAAUUCAUAUUCUAUAUUACUUCAUUUGCUAUUCAUUUAAUCAGUAGAAGAUAUUUAAAAAUUGUAUGAUAUUAACAAAAUUCAAUAAGAAGUGAAAAUUUUAUUUUUAAAUAAUUAAUGUAAAGAAACAAGCGAAAAAUUAGUGUGUAGAAUUUUUCUUUUUUUUUUUUUUUAUUUUUUUUUCUUUUUUUUUCUUUUUUUUUUCUUGUAAAUUAUUUGAAAUAAGAAAUUUUAAAAGCACUCUGUACUAUUUCACAUUGACGACGAAUAUAUCUAAUAAUUUAGAGAUCUAAUUAUUAUUUUUGACUCUCUCUUUCUUUCUCUAUCUCUUCACCUGUUUUUUUGUUUCAAAUAAUAGAUAUGUAUUUAUGUGAAAUGAACAGUAACGCGAUUAAAUGGAAGAAAUGUCCUUUUAAUUAAUUAACAUGUGUACAAUGGAUAUAAAUAUAUAUAUAUAUAUAUAUAUAUAUAUAUAUAUAUAUAUAUAUAUAUAUAUAUCAGCUUGAAUGUAAGACUCAAUAUAAUAAAUGACAAAUAUUAAAAUAGAAUUUAUUUGCGAAAGGAGAAAUAGUUAUUGUUGAUUUAAAUAGAACAUUUCUAUAAGAGAGCUAAAUAGAUUUGGAACACAGUUAGGAAGUAUAUCAGAUUCGUUACUUCUAAUUUAAUCAAUUCUCAUUCAAAUAUAAAAGAAACAAUACAACGUCACCAAUUAUCAAUUGAUAUUAGUGACUAGUUAUUGCGUCCAUCGACACUAUGUAAUGCAAUUGUUUUUUUUAUCAAUUUAUAAACAUCUAAACAAAAUAAAUCAUUUUAAUACUUGUCGGAGAAUAAUUUUAA